GUUCCAAGGUACUUUUGUAACUGGGCGAUUGUGGUAAAGGGUGGUCGGGAUGUGUUUCCACCAUCGUUGCACACGGAAUUUCUUAACAUUCUUGUUGACAAUGGGGCCAGCCGUGAGACAUUAGUUAACAUGGUGCGGGAUGUACAUAAGAUACAAAGUGAGUCUCCAGGGUCGGUGGAGACGGAUGCGAGGUCUCGUUUUCGCGUCCUUCCAGCCCUUUUGCGCUACACCCCUCCGCUGCUCUCCGGUUACAGCAUGGAUGAUACCGAGGACGUAUUUAGGCAGCUUCGUGAAUGUGACUCCGAUGUGGACUAUUUUUACCACUUGUGUGAACAGGAGGACUCCAAAGGGGUUUUUAUGUGCAUCAAUUCCCUUGGAAAAGCCCCUCAUUUGGCUUUCUCAAUGAUAUCUGCCAUCUUUACGUUUGUCCGCUUUGACGUGGAAGCCCUCUGCCGGGAGUAUAAAGAGUCGGUAAAGAAAUUGGUGAACACGAAGCAGUUGCACCUGCUUCUGGAGGAAGUGUACGUCACAUGGCAGGCCCUCGAUCGUACCCCAGAGAACAGUUUUUUACUUUUUGUGAAGGCACUUCGGUCAUUAAACGCAGCGAGGGAUCAACUUGACAAAUUUAAGACGCUUCUUACCAAAAAUUACGGUACUGCCGGUAAGAAGGAUGCAGCCAUGCUUGACAAGCUCAAGUAG